AUGCUCGUUACUCACAAGCUAAUACUAUCAGUUCUUUUCUUGGUGGCAUGGAUUGGCACGGCUUCCCCACUGCAGGAUCGCACAGAUCAAGAUCUUGUCCGUCGAAAAGGCAAAAACUCCGACACAUCCCACAAGGAGGGUGAUCCAGCCAUCUUCCCUGGCGGCAAGAAGUCGUAUGAGCGCGAUGGCUGGCGUCUCCUACCACCCGUUACGGGCUCAAAAAUCGACAACACUACAUUCAAGAUGGAUGCCAAAGGGACUGUGUUAACAACAUAUAUUACCGAAAACUUCGACCCGAAGAAAAUUAAGCGCGUCAUUGUUCAGACGCAUGGCCAGUACCGCGAUGCAUGGAAUCAGUGGAUUUACGCCAAUCUAUCUCUCAACGAUGCUGUGGACAAUAACAAUAUCGCUUACGAUGAGGUACUUCUUGUCGCACCUAUGUUCUACGCUGUGGUGGACCGGGGAGCCUACCCAGUGGAUAGCAACAACGUUAGCAGUUCUCACACGUUAAUUUGGGACAACAAUGGCUGGGGCGAUUGUGAGGACGCCAUUCUGCCAUCAUACGACUCGAAAGGGCAGCUCGCCAAUCCUGAUUACAUUGACGAGAAAUCUAGCAGCGACAAGGCUCAAAAGAGGUCCGACUCCAGCACCGACGCGCUCAGUCAUGCCGCAUUACAGCGGCGUUCUUUGGCUGGCGCUUCGAAUGCUGAGGCACAGAAGAAGGGCCCUGGCAUCAGCAUCCUUGACGUGUAUGACAAGCUAGUUGAUUACUUCACUGAUAAACGGAAAUUCCCUAGUGUGGAGAAGAUUGUGUUGUCUGGCUUCAGUAUGGGAGCGCAAUCCGUGAAUCGCUACCUUGCUCUCCGCACCGAUACAUCGAAGGAUAGCGAAAUAUUCUACGUGAUGUCGAGUCCCGCCUCCUUCAUGUAUGUCGACGAAAACCGACCCAACAAGGUGCCUAAGGAGUGCAAGGACUUCAAUGAAUACAAGUAUGGCUUGGAUGGAAACAUGCCGAAUUACUACUCACGCCACAAGGAUGGCAAUUCUGCCGACGAUAUACGGAAGCGGUAUCUAAGGCGCAAUCAGUUCUACUUCGUCGGAAAUGAAGAUACUAGUGACGCUGAUAAUUCGUGCGGAGCCAAUACUCAAGGCUCAGGUCACGUCGAUCGCAUGCAGAACUGGGUUUACAAAGAGCUCCCUGAAUUGGCAAAAGCAACCAAUGUGACCGACAUUGAGGACACCGUCGCCUUUCACAGAGUUUCCAAGACGACGCAUGAUGAGCAUGCAGUCUUGUCCAAUGACCAGGUUCAGAAAGUCCUUUUCCAAGCUCAGUCGGCUAAGGAGUUGCCAAUGGACCCGAACCCACAUAACGCCGCCUCACGCAGUGUUCAUGUCUCUUAUUUGCUGACUUUGACAAUGGCGGUCGUUUUGAUCGCAAAUACAUUUGUUUGA